GCGCAGGCCCCGCCCGCGCGCCAUGGCGCAGCGCUCGGCCCGCCCGCCCGGCGGGGCGCAGGCCGCGGGCCGGCCCGGCAGGAUGCUGCGCGUCCCGCCGCAGGCCUUCCCGGCGCCCGGCUCCCAGCAGCGAGCGGCGGCGGGCGGCCGCGCCAAGGUCCCUUUAAAACCAGGAAGGAGUCUUAUGGAUUGGAUUAAAUUAACUAAAAGCGGGAAGGACUUGACUGGUUUAAAGGGGAGGCUGAUUGAAGUGACUGAAGAUGAGCUUGCUAAACACAACAAAAAGGAGGACUGCUGGAUAUGUAUAAGAGGAUUUGUAUAUAAUGUCACACCAUACAUGGAAUAUCAUCCUGGUGGUGAGGAUGAACUAAUGAAAGCAGCAGGAACUGAUGGUACAGAUCUCUUUGAUCAGGUUCAUCGUUGGGUCAAUUAUGAGUCGAUGCUGAAGGAAUGUCUUGUUGGGAGAAUGGCUGUCAAGCCUCUUGCUGCUCCAAAAGAGAUUUCUUCUGCUCUCUCUGAAGAGAAGAAACCACUUAAUGGUAUGCUUCCUGAAAAGAAACUACUAGGGGCUGCUGCUAAAGGUAUAACUCCAAGUUAUGACUGGUUCCAAACAGAUAGUUUGAUUACCAUUGUCAUAUAUGCUAAGCAGAAGGAUAUGAAUGCAGAGUUGGUGAUAGUUGACUGUCAAGACAAUCGAGUAAGGGGAGAGAUCAUAAUGGAUGACCACUCAUAUCUUGUAGAAGUUGACUUGGAUCAUGAGGUUCAAGAAGACAUAAUUGUAAAGGUUGCUGAAAAAGUUGGGAAAGUAGAGAUUAUUUUAAAGAAAAAGGAUAACAUUCAUUGGGAAAUACUGGGACAGCCCUUGGAGAGCUGUAAUACGUUUAUCAAACGUACAGACAGAGGACUGUUCUACAGAAAAUGCAAGUUGGUUUCUAAGACAGAAGUUACCCACGACACCAAGCUCUUCUGCUUAAUGUUGCCUAAGAGCACACAUCUCCAUGUUCCUGCUGGACAACAUGUUUGCCUCAAACAAAUCAUUGCAGGGACAGAGGUAGUAAGACCAUACACUCCUGUAUUGCCUUCUUUGCCACUGAAUUUCAAAGAACCAUCUCACCAUGAUGGAGCACAUAUAUAUUUAAUGAUUAAAAUUUAUCCCUGUGGAUUGUUCACACAGGCACUUGACUGCCUACAAAUUGGAGACUAUAUUUCUGUCAGCAAUCCUGAAGGAAAUUUCAAGAAGACACAGGUUCAAACAACAGAAGAUCUCUUUCUGUUGGCAGCAGGCACAGGCUUCACACCAAUGGUUAAACUGCUGAAUUUUGCUCUGACUGAAGUUAGCUGCCUCAGGACAAUUAAGCUGAUCUUCUUCAAUAAAACAGAAGAUGACAUACUUUGGAGAAACCAACUAGAGCAAUUAGCUCUUAAAGAUGAAAGGUUUGAGGUUCAAUUCAUUCUUUCACAACCAACAAAGGACUGGAUGGGUAAACAGGGGAAGAUUUCUUCAUCUCUUCUCUCUGAGUUUGUGAAAAGAAGUAGAGAAGACUCCAAAGUGCUUAUCUGCAUCUGUGGUCCAACACCUUUUACAGAACAAGGAGUACAACAUCUGAGGGAUCUUGGAUACUCCCAGGAAGAGAUACACGCUUUUACUGCAUAAACCCAUACAAGGAUAUCAGUCUUUGUAGAACUCAAUCUUAUUUAUUUACCUUCAUGAAUUUCGCUAAGUGAGAAGCAAUUUUGUAAGACUUGAAAUAUCACUCUUACUACCAAACUGUUUCUUGGAAGAAAUAUAUCUUUGAAAAAAAUUUUAUAUUGUGUUUCAUCCUGUUUUUUGUAAAUAUUUUUGCUAAACCAGUGUAUUAAUUUAUUGUAGAGGCAAGCAAAGAUGUAUAGUAUGCAUUAUGUAAGAUAUUUUAUGAUGUUCGUUAAUGAGAAUUCUGAAAUUUAUGACAAACACUGAUUUCAGUUUUGACUUGAAAAGCUUAUUAUUUCUUACUGUAAAAAGUCCUAAGAGCAAUACUGUCUGAAAUGAAAUCUUGCACUGUAACUCA